AUGAGGACGUUGAUACUGUUUCUGUUGGCGGGGCAUGAAUGGAUGCAACAAGCCUGCACUGCUAAUGUGACCCCAGGACCCUCCUCUAUCCCUGUGACCCCCACUGAGGAUGAGAGCACACAGCUGGUGGUAAGACAAAAAAAACUGGUUCCAGUUUCUAAAAAAUUGAAUUUAUAACAACCUUAUUAGCUGAUAAAAAUAGACAAAUUCAAUACUUUGCAAAUCACUUGAACCCUCUACUGCAUUUUAAUACAGUUACACCUCUCUCUGGCAGCACCUCAGUAUUCUGCAGGUUGUUUUACUGUCAUCACCCACCUUGGUCUGAACACUCUGAUACCAACAAUAUUAUGACCAUUUUAACUCCGCCUUCUUAUCCACUCUUUAUGUCAUUACACCAAGAAGUCAUAAAACUGAACUGCCUUGAAGGAAACAGCCCUGGAUCAAUGACAGUAUUCACAGUUGUCAAAGGGAAUGUAGAAAAGCAGCAUGUGGCAAUCUGUAAAUGACAAGUCUUUGUAAUAUCUUCCUGUUUGCAUGUGCUAGCUCCUGAAGAUGAAAACAAUGAACUCUGAACUCUGUCUCUAAUGACAGAGCUCCAUCCACUCGUAACAGUGUGUAAUCUAAAAUCAAAAUGCUGACAGUUUCAGUCAAAGUUUGUGUUUGCGGAUUACAACAACAUUACAGGUUACUGUUUGGUCAGCAUGAAUGCUAAAUUUGAAAUGACUAUGUUCAUUUCCGCUCACAGGACUGGUUGAUGAAGUAUGGCUACCUUCCACCCCCUGACCCAUCCACGGGUCAGCUGCAGGCAUGGACAGCCGUCACUAAUGCUGUCAAAGCCAUGCAGAGGUUUGCAGGCCUCAAGGACACUGGAGUUGUCGGUGAGGAUCACAGACAGGGGCUCUGAAAAGUUUAAAGAUGAAGAUUUGAUAUUUAGACUGCUUCUUCUUGAACUUGAAAAAAAUAAUUCUGGUCUUUGGUGUGUUCAGACGAGGACACAAUGGCACUGAUGAACAGUCCACGCUGCUCACUUCCAGACGAGGAUGCGUUAACAAAGUCGGCGGUCAGCCAAGAGGGGAAGAACAUAAGGAGGAGGAGGAGGAGAAGAAGGAGAGCUGUCUCCAUGUGGAACCGCAGAAACAUCAACUGGAGGUCAGAAAAACUUUCACUUCUUUACUAUGAAACAAACAACCAACCAUAUGUCUUUGUCUAUGUGUUUGUUUUUUAUGAUCAAAGAUGGUCCAGAUUUGGAAAAAAUAGUUGUUUGCUGCUCAAGGAUGAAGUAAUACAUCUUACUUUUGUCUCUAAAAAAACAGCUUCAGAUAACUCUGAUUCAUGACAGACUUCUAAAAAGGACCAAACUAUUAUAACCUGGGACCCAGCUGGCCUCACAGUCUUUGUGCAUGCACAGCACUUUUGAAGCGUACCAUGUUGUGGUCACAAAAAUUAGGUUGUGACUCCACCUAAAUUCAGGUAAACCUACCAGAAACAGUUUUUUUAGCUGCACCAGCCUGAGUGUCAAGUCUGCUGUUCCUCUGAUUCACCAAUCUUAUAACCUUAAUAUCAUCAAAAUGAACUCAUUACAAAAAAGUUCACUCCCUGUACAGUGGGUGUCGUGGGAGCCAGAUUCAGAACAAAACUGUUUUUGAACCAGGCUGUAAACAUGUUUACUUUUGCUCUUAAAAUGGGCUUAAUUGGCCUCAUGUUCUUGGGCUUCUGCAGUCAGCCUCAAGCAGGUACUUGGUUUUUAGCACUUUGGGUGUAAUUUUUCAAAACUGUAGGUUGUCGCUUGAGACAAACCAUCUGUUCUGUACACAGAACUCAGAAAUGGUUCAUUUGGGAGUAUUGGCUCAUCCAGUGAUCUUCAUACAGAACUUUAUAAACUCUUCAUUUUCUCCAUGGGAAAAAGUCCAUGGAAAUUUACAAAAGAGUUCUCACAUUUUGAGAACUUUUAUGUCAUUUUGUUUCCUUUAAUCGAGCCUAAAUCCAGCUCUCUGAGGGAUCAGUAACAGCCAUAAGAACUGAAAUUAUCUCAAUCCAACUCAAAAGUUUUCAAACAACAUAAAAUGAAGGUUUUACCUAGUUUUAUCCAGAUCACUUUUAGGGGUCUGUCACUGUUAAAUGUCUUUGUUAAGGCCUGGUUGUUUUUUAGGAAGAACUUGGGGACUUGAGUCUGGGCUUAAAAUUAUAGGCCACCAGAGGCACCACCUCAUAAGUUUGAACAGCCUUCUGCUUCAUCAAAGGCAACGAUAUUCAAAACCUACCUAUCUCCAUUUUACCUCUGACCUAUACAGAAGAAUGAUACAGGAAGUUAAUGCUAGUGUGUUAGCAUCAAAAUAGAUCUGAUAGUGGGCAUAGAAAUGACAAUUCUCAAAAAAAAAAAAAGGUGUUGGUCUGUCUUUGUCCAGCUGUUAUUGAGUUUGUCAAGCUGGAAGUGUUCUGGAAUUUAGCUUAUUUGUAUACAAGGAGGACAAAUUGCCUGAACUGUCAGCUGAUCAGCGACAUGUGCACCAAGAUCUUUUUGCUUCAUAGUGCAGUUUUGGGUAGUUCAUAUGCUGCAAGGGCAUGGUUUCCUGUCCAAAGUUAACCACCACAAAGGCUUAACACUAUAGUCACUAUUUUGUGCAUGCAAACAUAAACUUUCUCUGAGUCAUCUGUGGUUUCUCUCUCUGAUCUUAGGUUGCAUUCAUACCCGUCUUCCUCUCAUCUGUCCCGGGAAACUAUUCGUUCUCUGGUUUUUUACGCUUUAAGAGUCUGGUCAGAGCCUACGCCGCUGGAAUUUCACGAGGUCUUUAUAUGUGUCUGAUACUGAAUUAAUAGUUAGUUUUUGGCAGGAAACCGUGUCAGUAUGGCAGGUUUCCACAACAACCCCUUGCAUCACUGAAACCCCCAAAAUUUAACAUGAAGUCCUUUUUCUUCUUUUUAGGUGGGGAGUCCAGAGGCUGCAGACCUACAGGUAGACUUUCUGCAUGGUUACCAUGGUGAUGGCUAUCCCUUUGAUGGGGCAGGUGGUGCAGUCGGCCAUGCUUUCUUCCCCUCAGACCCCACCCGGGCAGGAGGAGUUCACCUGGAUGCAGAGGAAGCGUGGGCCUUUAGACAGCCAGGUGAUUAGAAAACUUCUACUUCUUCUGAAACAUGUACAUCUAAAUAUAAGGCUCUGCCACGAUUGCUCAAAUGUUAAUCAAUUGUUAUGUAUUUUACAUUAUUAAAGUUUUUAUAUGAGUUUCUAUGUCCCCAACUGAAUAUUUGAAUUCUCUUCUUUUUCGCUCCUUCAGCCUCUGAGGGCACUGACCUCUUCACUGUGCUGGUUCACGAAUUCGGACACGCACUCGGACUCUCUCACUCCUCAUCUCGGCACUCAGUGAUGAGGCCGUACUAUCAGGGUCCUGCAGGAGACCCUCUACACUUCCGCCUGGGACCCCAGGAUCUGGAGCACAUCACCCAGCUCUAUGGUGAGGUUUGAGUCUGUGAAAUAAAAACCUUUAAUUUUUCUGUGUCUGAAAAGACAGACAUUUCACUAAACAGGCUCAGAAGUUCAAAAUGUGAGGUCAAAAUUGUUCAGAUUUGGACUUCCAGCUCAUUUUUGUUCCAGUGAUAAAAAAUAACACUGGAUAUACCAGAGACAGACUAUUACAAUGUCACAAAGUCAGAUUACCUAUACCUUAAAUAAAAUUUCAUACUCCAUACUCGACACAAAGGCACCAAAAUCCACAAAAACUGUUAGAUCUUCACAACUGUGUUAAAUACAGAUUUGUUUACUUUAUCUUAACGUUAUUUGGUGACAUGUUUAAAGUGAACACAGUCUUUCAUGAUUUCAGAACCUGGAUAUAUAUUUUAUCUUCCCUGUCCUGGUAGAGAUACAGAAAACUGAGUGCAAAAAUAUUUCUCAAAAAUGCAUUGAAUGCAUCCCUGUAAAAAUGUUUUAUUGUUGUGAGGUUUUACUUGCAUUAAGCUCCCACAAUUCAGUCUGACUCCAUCCCUCUGUAAGGGGUGGAGAGUUAAUCCCAAUCCUACACAAAAGGAUCAUACAACUCGAACCAGAGGCUGAAUCAAUGUGAAAAUGAGGUUCAAUGAAUCAAUCUGAUCUGACUCCCUCAACUCUUUAUUUUUUCUUUGAAAUGAACCCAUUCUUCAAGUUAAUCUGUUUCAAUCCUGUGACCUCAACCUGAUCAUAUUACUUUUGAUAGGCUCCAUCCUUAGACUGAUCCUUUAACAUGGGCCUCUUUUUCUUCUUUCUUUCUUUCUUUUUUAAAUGGAUCAAACUGGUUUAGAGCUUUUGGAUAUAACCAAAUUUUGUGUCUUCAGAAAAGAAAAGAUCCUGUGUUAUAUUAUGCAACGUGGUACAAUAUGGUAUAAUAUACAACAUGAUGUAAGAGGACACAAUACGACACUAUGACAACAUGCAAAAAGCAACAGCCCAGUGCAAACAGAAAGAGCCUACCAAUGAUAUAAGAUACGACACGAUACGAUACGAUACGAUACGAUACGAUACAAUACGAUACGAUAAGAUACAACACUGUAUGGUACAGUGCAGUACGGUAUGAGAUGAUACAAUGUGAUUUGAUACAAUAUGGUACAAUGCAAAUUAAAUCAAUACAAUAUGAUACCAGACCACAACAGAUGAUACAAUGUCAUAUAAUGCAAUAUAUGAAAAUAUGAUACAAAAAGAUAUGAUAUAUUAUGAUACAAGAUGAUAGGAUAGGAUUUGACACAAUAUGAUGUAAUAUUAGCGAUGCAAUAGACAACUGGAGACAAGAGAUCAGAUACAGUACUAUACCAUUCAGUACACGAUGAACUGCCUCCCCAAUAGUACAGAUAAUGAGCUACAGCCCAAGCCAAGGUACAUCAAACAUAUGAAAAAGCUCAUCUCAAACAUGGAAGAUAUGAAAAUCUAAUACAUUCACACCUUUUCAGGCUCUUUUCUGGACUCAAUUUUUCUUGUUACCUCAAAAUAAAAAAGGUCAAAGUCCAGGUUGUGCUGAUCUGAAACUAUUAGAACAACUUUUAAACUGAUUUCUAACUGUAAUAUUACAGGACUAGGACAGAGAGAAAUGCGAGACUUCAUUAUUUUGACUGAAAAUCUUCAGAUUUAAGAGCAGACGUGCAGCUGGAGCUUUAUAAAAAGCAGAACAGCUGGGGGUUGUUGCCUUGGCUGACCUCUGCUGUUUUAAUGCAAAAGUACAGACGGACAGCUCUGUUUGCUCCUGUUUUAUCCUUGAUUUUAAACUCAGACACUGAAAGCCUGGGGUUGUCAAUAUUCAGAGGAUUAAAUCAGGAAACUGCAAGAAAAUGUGGGUUUUAAAGAGGACUUCCUCAUUCAUUCUUCCUUAGCAUAAUGUCAUGCAUGCUUCCUCCAGAUCAGCAGCAGCUUAGCAGUGAGACCUCAUUUUCAUCUGCACCAGGAUCUAGCAGCUGCUAUCUGAUUUUAAUUUCGUCCUCUUUUGGUUGUCAGUCAAAUUUUUGGACAAAAACGAGUUUGUUUCUUAGAUAUUUGGCAAAGACAGAGUUUGUGCCAUGCAGAGAAGAUGUGUCCCAGAUAUUCUACCGCCUAGUGUGUUUUUACUUUCCAGUAAGAGUAAAUAGGUUGUAUAUAUAUAUAUAUAUAUAUAUAUAUAUAUAUAUAUAUAUAUAUAUUAUACUUGUCUUUUAAACUCUUCCCUUGCACUGCCCUUUCUAUUUGACAUCAGUUCCAUUAUCUUUAUUUAUUUGUUUUUGUAACUAGUAUGUGUGAAUGUGCAUGUUAUGUGUACUACUGUUGUCGACAAUUUUAAUUUCCCCACUGAGGGAUGAAUAAAGCGAUAUCUAGUCUAUUCUAAUCUAAUCUAAAUCUCUUAAUUUUGUCACUUUCUCUUGUGACCAUCUUCUCAUAAACUUUUGACUUGAUUUUAAUGAUAUUAAGACUUUCAUCUUCUAAAUCUGCUCCCUAAUGUUGCACUAAUCCUCUGUUGUAAUGCAGUAGUCAGUGCUGCUGCCUCUUUUCAGUUUGCAUUUCCUCCACAUAUCUCUUGCCUCCAGGCAUUCUAGCUUACCCCACAGCCCAAAUGCAUGCCUGUCAUGUUGGCUGUGAGAGUCUCUACCUGUAAUAUUAACUUCAUAUUUACGAGGAUUUUGUUUUUCUGAAGGUAAGAGGAACCAGCUGCUGGCCACGGAUGCUCCCCGCCUCAAUCCACAGCUUCAGCUGAGCCAAAGAAGUCAAGACCGCCAUUAUCACAGAUACACGUAAGAGAUCUAAUAGAUAUAAUGUAUGUCUUCAGUUCUUGUGUUUCUGUAUACAUAUAUAUAUAUAUAUAUAUAUAUAUAUAUAUAUAUAUAUAUAUAUAUAUAUAUAUAUAUAUAUAUAUAUAUAUAUAUAUAUAUAUAUAUAUAUAUAUAUAUAUAUACUAUAGGCCAAAAGUUUGGAAGCAAGAUCAGAUUUGUACAAAAAAAGAUCAUAGUUUCAUAUAUAUAAUUUGCAACACAAUAAACAUGUGUAAAGAUUAACUUAUCAGAAGACAUUUUGACUAUAAUUAUGAGGUCUUUGAUUUAUUGUUGCUUAGACUUUGCUUUCUUUAAAGUAACCGCCUCUGGCUUUAACAACAGCUUGGCAUAUACCAGGCAUUCGUUCCACAAGUUUUCUAAGGUAUGCUCCAGGGAUUGCAUUCCAAGCUUUCUUAAGUUCAUUAAAAGAGACUGCUGAUUCGUGGGACAUGUUUUUCUGACUGAUCGAUCCAAUUCAUCCCGCACAAUCUCAAUUGGAGAAAGGUCUGGAGACUGAGGGGGCCAAACCAUCUCUUAAAGAACACCUUCCUCUUCUUUUUUUGUCUAGGUAACCCUGACAGAGCUUGGCAGAGUGCUUAGGGUCACUGUCUUGCCGCAAAACAAACUUAUGAGCCACAAGUCUGAGUCCAGAUAGAACAGCAUGGUGCUGGAGGAUGGAGUGGUACUGUUCCUUCUUCAUGAUACCCUUUACUUCAAACAAAUCUCCUACUCCAUCACCUGCGAAACAUCCCCAUACCAUGGAACUACCACCUCCAUGCUCAAUUGUGGGUGUAACACAUGGUGCUUUCAGACGUUCACCAGUUUGUCUGCGGACAUAGACUCUGCGUUUUGAACCAAACAGUGCAAACUUGUUUCUAGUCAUCAUAAGUCCAAUUUUUGUGAGCUUUUGCCCACUCAUAUCUCUUUUUCUUGUUCUGUGGAUGAAGUAGCGGUUUUUUGCAGAUACACAACCCUUCAGAUCAGCCUUUCUCAAACAUCUUUUCACAGUUGUCAGAGAUAUGGCUUUCGGCCUUGUCAUGUUGAUUUCCUCCCUUAUUUUUGGUGCUGUCUUUAGCCGAUCUCUCUUACUGGUGACAAUGCUAUGUUUAUCCUCUGCUUUUGUAGUAACUCUCUUUCAUCCAGGUGUUUUUCUAUCAUUAUAACUUCCAUGUUCCUCUAGUCUCUUCAGAGUGUAGUGGACUCCUUUGUUAAAUACCUUUAGGCAUUUUGCAAUUUCUCUUUCUGUGUAUCCUUCUUUCCUCAAUGUACAAAUCUGUCCUUUUGUUUCUUUACUCAGUUGCUUCUUUCUAGCCAUUUUUGCGGUAGUUUGAACGCAGUUGAGAUUUAUUAGGAUUUUUGUAUGCAGACUCUCAAAAGCCAAAAAGUUGAAGUGAAUAAUCCAACUGUGAUUAAUUUGUUUUUUUGCUUUAGCACUGAAGUUGUGACUCUUGCAAAUGUUUUCAACCCUAAAACUAAGCCCUUAUUAUCUUUUGCUGACAUAUAUUUAGCAAUGGUCUGUUAACAUCAAUGUAUAUCUAAAGGUAAAUGGAGUAAAAUGGUGCAUUUCCAUGAAAGCAACAUCUGAUCAUGGAGUAAAUACAUCCCAAAAUGCAUAAAACUCAUGCUGGAUUUAAAAAAAAAGCAUUGUGAACAAAAACUUGAAGUUACUCCCAACUGUUUGGCCUGUAAUGGCCUAGCUUCCAAACUUUUGGCCUGUAGUAUAUAUAUAAAUAUAGAUAGAUAGAUAGAUAGAUAGAUAGAUAGAUAGAUAGAUAGAUAGAUAGAUAGAUAGAUAGAUUUUUUUUACUAAAGCUAUCUAAUUUUUUGUUGAGUAAAAUUUUACUCUCAGAGUUGAAAUCUAUUCUUAUUUGCUGAAUUUUUUACCUACACAAUAAAAAAGCAUGUGUAUAUAAAAGCAUAUAUGUUUUUAUUUAUUUAUUUAUUUUUCAGUUCUUAUCUAGUAGAAAAAAAUUACUCUUUAGAAAUGUGUGAAUAAUUGGAUUUUAUUCUCCUUGGCUAAAAAAAGUCAGAUUUAACCCAAUAAAUUAAACUGUUUUUAUUACUCGGUGUAUUUCUUCGCCUGCAGCUCUGUCAUCGAUCGCUGUAACAAUAGUUUCGACGCUGUAGCGAAGAUCAGAGGAGAGACUUUCUUCUUCAAAGGUCUGAAAACGACAGAUUUAAAUAAAAUCUCUUUAAUAAUUACCCUUGAAUCAUAUCAUUGUGUGAUUCUGUGUGCUGCCUCUUGCCCAGGGCUGACAAUGUGGCGAGUGAAUGGUGGGGGCUUGGUGUCAGGUCAGGGGGCUUCAGUCCGGCGGCUUUGGAGAGGUCUUCCUCCUGACCUUCCUGGUCUUCAAGCUGUGCUGGAGAGACAGUCUGAUCAUGCCAUCAUCUUCAUCAGUGGUACAGUAUCUUCACUUCAUCUCCCCUGAGCAUGGAGGCUACUUGAUUUUGAUAAACAUUAAAGGUUUUACGUAAUUUUAUAUUUACAGUUAUGAGGUGUUUUUUGACGAGUCAUUAAUUGUAUAAUUAAAUGUUCCACAAAGAUGACUCACAAUAGACUUUAAUGAGACCAAACAUAGAAAAUACGUAUACCACAGUCAACCAAAAUAACCAUAACAACAAAAAAAAAACUUUCCGUCAUGAUCCCUGCUCCAUGAGUGGAUUUUUCUGUUGAGCGUAUCUAGUGUCUAGCUGUUUUUGGUUUGUCUGUUGGCCUGUGUGUUUUGUGUUUCCCACUCUCCCAGUGACCACAGAAGCAGCACUCACUGAUCAUGGAGCACCUGCUGAGUGCUGCUGCUGCAGUUUAGCAGGUUAUGUAGGUUUGGAGCUGGCAGUAGGCUACUGCAACAGUACGAUUGUCAGUUGUUGUUAAUCUUAAACCCUUAUCUGUGAAUAGAAUUAGACACUGAAGGGUUGGUAAUGCUCAGUUAGAAAACUGAAAACUGCAGUCCAUUACAGCAGAGUUGUCUUCCCUUAAAAUCUACACAUUUAAAUGCAAGCUGUCCUUUACUUUCUACUUUGCUGUACUUUUGACACUGAUGGAGAGGGCAUCAGGAAGAAAAUGUGGACAUCUCAGUAGUUUGAAAGCUGACACUUUACACUCUGAUUAACUGACAGAAAACGUCUCCACUUUUGUGCACAGACCAUAGACUGUAUAUAGAAUGGACGCCGUCUGCCUCCUCGCUUGGUGAAGCCACCGCAAUAACAGCACCCUCUGCUGAUGGGCUGCAGUAUAGGUCAUUAAUCCCGCCUCCUCCGGCAAUCCCUAUGGAGCUGUGGACAAAUUUAAGAAAUUAAUUACACAGAAUAUAAUUUUUUCUCCCCCCUGGUUGUGAUGUUGACAUGUAGUUACUGUGAGACUGGUUCAUGCUGAAGUCCUCUUUUUUCUGUGCAGCUCAAUCUUUAAAAGUUCUUAGGGGGUUCAUGUUUUCUAUUAUUGACACUUAAUACAGCCUAUGGGCAUACGAAGAUUGCGUAUAUUGCUCACCCGGGGGAAACGCUGUUUGAGCUGAGCGUCAUCAAAGCGACUCUCGGCGACUCCCCCUGACAAAUGUGUACAACGCUACUGCACAAGUGGUGGUUUCAGGAAGUGGAGAAAUACAGCGAGCUUUUUGGCUUCAAAUCCGUACACUGGCGGAAGUAUUGGAGAGACUUUAUGACUGUGUGUUCACAGAGCUAACAGAUGGAUAGCUGGACAACAGACCAUUUUUGAAAUGUUCCCUGUUGAUUAUCCACUGAGACUGUGUGAACAAAAAAAACUCUCUGUGCCACAAUAGUCAAGCAAUCCUUUUGACUUUUAUUCUGAAAAUUCUAUUGUCACUUCCAUUUUGUCUUGCCACAAUUGUCUGACCCGAUUGAGAAAUAAUUGUAGGAAUGUGGAGAAAACCCAAAACUUGCUUUUAGUGCGUUGCAUUAAAAAACAGAAAAGCAAAUUGGUCAUGUGACUUUGUCAAAAGAAAAAAAGAAAACCACGAGACCUUUUCAAUAUUAAUUUCAAAACAGUAAAGGAGAAAAAUACUUUUUUUUCAUUGAUCUGCAGCUGUUGGAGCAUAGUUGCUAACAAGAGGCUUGAAUAUUUUGACGGUACAUUCGAAGAUGAUAAAAAUGUAAAAACUGACCUCUUCAGUUACUUAUUCUCACUACAGGUUCACAGUUCUGGCUGUUCAGAGAUCUGUCCCUGCAGGAGGGUUACCCUCAGCCCCUGUCUGCCCUCAGGAUGGGCUUGACUGCAGCCAAUGAUGUUAGUGAAAAAAAGGAGGAAGCAGUAAGGUGGGGUCUGGUCUGGGACCCACAGGAGGGUCCUCUGUGGGGAAACAUGGGAGACACUGAGGGGAAAAAGCAAGAGGACACCUGGACUCAACUGCUGAGGGAGGGAGUCAGCGGCAUCACCACAGAGAGUGAUGGUGAGGACAGGACUGAUGUUUUUUUUUUGUUUUUGUUUUUUUGUCACAUGAGGAGAAUCUAUACUUAAGGGGUCCCAAUGAGGGUUGUAUUUAUAUUUUUUUAGGAGUAAAUUAAAGUAGGAGUAGAUAACACAAUGUGUAUAAAUGUACAAUAAAAUCAAGACCAAAAUAAUCAGCAUAAAGGAAUCAAGGUUGGAUAUUAUGCAGGCAUGUGACUCUUCUGGACCAUCUGGAAUUCCCUGUGUCCCAACCAGAUGAAGUCCCAUUUGAACCUUAUAGGCUAAAACAUAUGAAUAAACUAAAUAAAUGGAUGAAAGGAGAGUUGUAACGUUUCAAACAGCCUAUUAGACAUACGCCGAUACAGAUAACGACACAGCAGCUUGGCCCAUGUCAAAAUGGAAAAAAAGAAAUUGCUGAACUUUUGGGUCUCUGUCCAUCUAUCUGAAAUAAUCAAAAAUGGUAAAUGUUUGGGUUGAAAUUUAAAAAAGAAAAAAGAGAGUCAUGUGAAGAAUUCAAUCAGUCCAUCCACAUUCAGAUUCAAUAUUUAUUGUGGUCUUAUUUACUUUAGAUGGAUUUAUAAUAAAUUGAUUAAAAAAAACAUCUACAUCAGGUGCUGCUAAUUCCCGAACAUAAUUGAUGUUUCUGUCAGGAGCAAAAUCAAACAAUUAUUUUAAACAUCAUCACAAAAUUCAUAUUUUACAAUAGCAGGUUAUUUUUAUUUAUUUAUUUAUUUAUUUUUGGGUUUAAUAUGCCGUUGACUGGUGAUGAGGAAAAAAAAUCUGUUUACAUUUCUCUAAGAUCAUACUGUAAUUGUGAGGGCCGUUGCUGAUAUGAAGAUCAUUCAUCAGCCUGAUUAAUAGGUCUGUCUCUGUAACCCGCGUUUAUGUGAAAUCUGGACUGUCACUCGCUUCAUUGACUGAUCUUUUGAUAUUGACCUUUAAAGUAACAUUAAGGCUCAACAGCCAUAAAUCAAAACUUUCCCUCUCAUGAUCUUGUUCCUAUAAGAUCCUGAUGUUGUUGAUUUUGUGCUUUUAUUGAGAGUGUGAUGCUCUGUCCUUGUAGCAGCUGUGAAAAAAAAUUUCCAAAGCCACAAAAAAUUGUGUUGAUUCUUUUACAUCUCCCUCUAGGCACCGUCUAUCUCUUUAAAGGAGACCUCUACUGGAAGUUCUCCUUUCCUGGCUCCCCGGUGCAAGAUGGUUACCCAAGAUCCUCUGCUGCAGACUGGCUGGACUGCCCAGACCCUUCCUCUUCCUCACCUGCAGGAAACGACCUCUCCUUGUCCCUGUCUCCUCCUGCAGGCCGACAGGAGCUGAGGGAGGGCUGGGCAGAGGAGAAGGAGAGAGAGGAAACAGUUGGAAAGAGGAAGGGCAGAUAUGAAAGUAAAUACAAAGACACUCAAGACAAAGGUGCACACAUCUGGACACAGUGCACCUGCCUAAACUCAGCACCUGGAGGCAGGACCGCAUUUUUUAUUGUUUCAUUUCUCCUGAUCCCUUUGACACAGUUAGUUGUUUAA